AGUCCGCACAUUCUUUCGCCACCGAGUCGCUGCAUUCCUGGCAGUUGUCAGGGUCGGAGCACGCUGUCGUGCAGUCGAAUACCAUCUCGUCUCAUUCCACGUCUCCUUGUUGCAGAAGACGUCUGUGAAUGCCGGGGUCAUUGCCACAUGGUUUGGGCGGGUUGGGAUUCUUCGAGGUUUUCAGUUUCAUAGCGAUUGUGAAACUGUGCGCUUCCUUGAACGACCGUGGCCAGGUAGGAGAUGGUCAUCAUGAUGGCAAUACAUUAGAAGAAGCAUCGCCGUGUUGUCAUGAUGUAUGGGACAACCUGCACAGAGAACACGCACGUUCCGAAUUAGGGCUUCUUUUUAGGCAUUGUAGCAGCCUAGGAUGGUGUACAGAGUCUGCAGGAGAAUGGCGAUGAUGACGAUGGCGGCGGCCAGCACGGAGAUGAAGAUGGCCACGGUGGCGGUCGAUUGUCUUCAGAUGUUCGCAAUGGUGCGACGGUAUCUGCUUUGGGAGGCGUCGCUGAUGGCGUGGAUGAUAACGUCGUGUCUCUCGAGGAUGGCGAUGCUCGUGUCGAUGGUCACACGUCUCCACAAGUGUCCUCGUGCAUCAUUCGUGCAUCUUCAGCUUCGGGAGGCAACGCCGGCUGCUGGAGGAGAAGGAGCAGAAGCGCGCGGGUUUGAAGACCACUUUGCUGAUCCUCCCCACGACAGAUUGGCGCUUGAUGCCUCGGCGUUACAGCGUUUGGACGAUGUCAAAUCUCCAACUAACUAGGGUCACGCAGUCUGAGCUCACAGGUCGACCUGACGUGUUGAUUGCUGCGGUCCCGGCCUGCACAUGGCCGGUUGGAGAUUUAGCAUUGUCCCGACUGCGUGACACUAGUUUCUUGUGGCGCUAUCUUAACGUCCCGAAGAAGGUCAAAAAAUAGGGCCAUUGUAGCAGAGGUGGAGGAACUGUGGCUGAUAUCCUGUACAUGCUGCAUGGAAUGCUGGAAUCCGUGUGAAGCUGCGUGGAUGCAGAUGAUGAAGAGCUCAGGUGUUCGGGGAAGCACGGAAACGCUGUACUCUGAAAGUACUUUGAGAGAGUCGGUUCAUAUAAGCUUGAAUGCUUGAGCAACUUGCACUGUCAACGGGUACUGCUCUGUCGGGACUGUACUGUUGUGCCCAGUCGAUAUUUAACAGGUUGAAAUAAAACCCCAACACCAAAUUUGGGGCUUUCAGGUUUAGAGUGUGCCUCCUGUUCACGCCACCCAAGAAUCGUUGGGGAGGAAAGGGCCAUAACUCUGCCAGAGAUAUGAUUGCCGACAGGUUGGAUUCGUCAUUUGUCACUAGAUGAAAUCCUUGGAUUGCUGCAAAAUCCUGGGAUGGUAUCCUUGUUUUGGAUCAAUGAAUAAGUUUUCCUCCACUUUUCGCAUGUUUUAUUCAAGACUAACCAAGGCAACUAAACCUGUUAGUGUCCAGUCCCUUACCAAAUCUUGAGAAAUUAGUAGAUGUUGAAGAAAGCCUAAACGGUAGCUAACACACAGCUAGUUUUUGUUUUUGUUUGUUUGUUUGUUUGUUUGUUUUUUUUUUUUUUUGGCACAAAUGAAAUAAAUUUAUUGAAGGGGGGAACAGUGCAAGUGUUGUGGUCAUUGUAGGAUUUAGAAAUCCUAAUCCAAACACGACUGAAGUCUGGACCUUAAAGAAGUGUAAUGGUACAACCCCGGCUUGUGGGGGAGCUACUCUAACCUGGUUACGUGAUCUGUUGGGAAGCCAUAUGGUUGCCCUGUCUAAUACAAAUGACGUAAUUGUGUCCCUAACAUUUAUCGAAGGCUUGGUGCCAUUUUUCUGGUGUGA